UGGUUAAAUUCCAGACUGAUUUUAGAAGUAGAGCUUGGUACAACACGGGUAGCCGGCACCGUGUGAGAGAGAUGGAACGAAAAUAAAAAGGAGAAAAAGAAAUGGUGAAAUCCGAGCUUCUCAAGUUCUAGUGUCCCGACGAUGAGCCCCCGCUUCCUUCUCCUUCUCCUCGCCGCCGCCGUCCGCCCCUGCGCGGGUCUUGUCCGCCUCCGCGGUAGCUCCUUCCUUGACGCCCCCGCGCGCUUCGGGCCCCGCGUGAGCGGCGACGGGAUAUGCGGGUCAUUGCGCUCAGCAGACCCCUCCGACGCCUGCACGCCCAUCAAGAACAGCGCCGGCUCGGGUGGGAGGGCGUUCGUGCUGGUCGUCCGGGGGAACUGCAGCUUCGAGGACAAGGUGCGGGAGGCGCAGAGAGCGGGCUUCAACGCCGUUGUAGUGUACGACGACGAGGAGAAGGCCAGCCUCUACUCCAUGGUUGGUGAUUCUGAGGGCAUACACAUACCUGCGGUAUUCCUAUCCAAAAUGGCUGGGGAAACUUUGAAGAAGUUUGCUAGAGGUGAAGAUAGUGAGUGCUGCAUAGAAUCUUCGAUGGAUGAGACUGCAGGGACGGUGUUGGUAAUGUCAUUCGUAUCACUUGUUGUCAUCAUAUCAGUUUUGGCUUCAUUUCUCUUUGCUCGGAACUGCCGACUUCUACGGCAUGGAGUUGAUAAUCGCCCACCUUACAUCAAGAAACACGUGGUGGAUAAGCUUCCUUGCUUGGUGUAUAAAGCUCCCUGCUCAAGUGGAAGUACUUCUGAAGAUGCUUGUGCCAUUUGUUUAGAAGACUAUGAUAAUGGUGACAUGCUUAGACUUCUCCCGUGCAGACAUGAAUUUCACACUGUGUGUGUUGAUCCAUGGCUGACAAAGUGGGGCACCUUUUGCCCAGUAUGCAAACUUGAAGUAAUCACAGGUGAAUAAUCAAGGAACUCGAAGUAAUUCCAACGUGAAUAAGCAAGCUCCCUUAGGGUAUACGAGCGCUGGUACUUAUAUCCAAGUAUGGUGAACGAGUCGAUCUGUUAAGUGGUUUUUCAAGAUCACCUGGGCAUUUUAUCUUGAUGAUGAUGGAGUACGGACUGCAGGUCGGACGACUGGGCCCAUUUGUACCCAUGAGAAGAAUUCCUUAUAUGGAUGCCCGCAAGAAGCUCUCUUCCUGCCUACUCAAGUGUCAGACAUUCCGCUGCUUCCUUGCGAUUUAUUGUAUUGCUAUUGCGAAACAGCGUUGUGUACAAGCAAAAUGUUCUCUCAAGCACAAUGGAUGCUUUGUAUGUUAGGAUUGUCCGGCUCUUUGUGAAGAAGAAAGAUGUAGUUUGCGGAUGGCGUAUCUUAAUGGGGUGAUGAUAAAGAACAAGUAUCCACAGACCUGGAUAAAUUAUAUUUUCAAUCAAUUGACUAGUGCCUUUUUGAAGAUUGAUAUGCAGUUGGGCUACCACCAGAACAAGAUCAGGUCCAAAGAUGUUCCCAAACAGCACAUAUAACUCGUUAUGGCUUAUAUGAGUUCAUGAUUAUGCAUUUUGGACUGACAAAUGCCUCAUCCUCUUUUAUGCAACUAAUGAACUCGGUUUUCAUGGAUUUUCUGGACAAGUUCGCCGUGUUCGUCGAUGCUUGAUCUUCUGGGGAUCUGAAGAGGAACAUGCCCAACACUUAAGGCCAGUUUGUAGAAACUUUGGGAUCAUCGUCUCUAUGCCAGGUUCUUCAAGUGUGAGUUCUGCACUUGCAUGUCAACGUCGGACAUCUUCUACGUGUUCGGGCACUCGACCAUGGACAUGUGCCAACAGAGAACUUUCUUGGAUCGUCUAUGAGGGUGUAUGUGAUAUCCUCAGCCAAAGCUAAAUACUCACUCGAGAAUUUAGAAACUGAGGAAGUACUUUUUCACAAAGGUUGGUAUAUUUGGUUUCAUUGAGACAAGACUUUGAUUAAGAAUCACUGUAUUGAUGUGUUGUUUAAUACAUGAAAUUUAUAUCAAUAUAUUCAUCUUCAAA